UCUUUCAAACAGGCACGCGGGUCCCUGGACACCGGCUCUCAUGCGUCACGGCGAGCGCGAGCCUCGUCUGUAUGCUGUUCAGUCAGCUCAGCUUAGCUCAGCAGACAGCCAACGACUGGAGAAGGGGCUUUAAAACCAUCAGAUGCGUCUGUCUCUCUGUCAGCCAAGUAAAAAGAAUGUCUACAUGACUCGGGUUCUGUUUCAGGUUCCAACCAGGCAGUUAUGAUGGUUGGAAAACCGGCGAGACAGUGGAGGUCCGUCUGUAAGGGUCUGAUUUUGGGCGCUCUGUUGACCACAUGCAUGAUUCUUCUGUACUGUCUGUCCGCCCCAGAGGUCCACUUCAGCCUGCAGGAGGUCCCAGUGCCUUACUCCUGUGCUCAUCGGCCAUCUCCCGUCCACUCCUCAAUCUCAAACAGAUCCCAUGAUGCAUCAGGGCAGAGACCCUGCACUCCCAAAGUGGACGUAAUGUUCAUGAAAACCCAUAAAACAGCCAGCAGCACGUUUCUCAACAUACUCUUUCGUUUCGGCGAAAAGCACAACCUGAAAUUUGCCUUCCCCAACAGCCGCAAUGACUUCUUUUACCCGUCUCCUUUCCAUCGCUCGCAGGUGCAAGACUACAGACCGGGAAUGUGUUUCAAUAUCAUCUGCAAUCACAUGCGUUUCAAUGCUGCCGAGGUGGCCAAGGUGCUUCCGGCCGACGCCUCGUACAUCACAAUCCUCCGUGACCCGGCUGACCUCGCCGAGUCCUCCUUCCACUAUUUUGGACGUGUGGUACCCAUGACGUGGAAACUUUCAGGGGAGGAUAAGCUCGGAGAAUUCCUGAACAAUCCUGAGCUUUACUACGAUCCCGAGGGCUUUAAUUCGUUUUAUCUGAAAAACUUGCUUUUCUUCGACUUUGGGGAGGAUAAUAACAUGGAUCCUAACGACCCAAGGGUGGACGUGGCCAUCGAUGCCAUCGCCCAACGUUUCCAGCUGGUGAUGCUGGUGGAGCAUUUCGAAGAGUCUCUCAUCUUGCUUAAGGAUGUGCUCUGCUGGGAAAUGGACGACUUGCUGUUUUUCAAACUCAAUGCGAGGAAAGUUUCGACCGUUUCUAGACUCGCCUCAAACCUCCGAGCCAAGGCGCUGGAGUGGAACGCUAUCGAUUGGAAACUUUACCAGUAUUUCAACGCCACUUUCUGGCGCAAAGUGGACGCUUAUGGCUCCGAACGCAUGGCUAAGGAUGUGGCGGAGCUGCGUCGCAGGAACGCUGAAAUGGCCUCCGUUUGCAUUGAGGGAGGCCAUGCUGUCGAUGCAGGCAACAUUCUUGAGACCUCCAUGCAGCCGUGGCAACCCAUCGGUGAAAAGUCGAUUUUGGGGUACAAUCUGAAAAAGAACAUUGACAAAGCACAUCGAAAGCUCUGUAGGAAAAUGCUCACCCCAGAGUUGCAAUACCUUACUGAUAUGGGCGUCAACCUGUGGAUAACAAGACUGUGGGGUCACAUAAGAGAAAUCAUUCACUGGUAGCUCUUAAUGCCGCGUUUUUACAGUAACAGACAGACCUAAAACCUUUUCUGUGUCAGAAAGAAAUAAUACGUUGUUGCAAAGUGUUCGAGUGCUUGAGUCAAUCAUAAAAAUAUGAAUCAACCACA